AUGCCUCCUCUUCCCUUUUUCCCGCCUCAAGACGCCUCGUAUCCACGCAACCUGGCUGGCGGGCGGCCCCAGCAACCGUUGCUGGCGCACUAUCCGAUCGCGGGUGUCGAGAUGCUGUCGCGUCGACCGUCGAUGCAGGCCGGCUCCAGCGUCUACUCGGGCGCCACGUACCCGGCCAGCGUGGCCCACGACCUGACCGGCUCGCUGUCGUCGGGGCCGGGCUUUCUGGCGCCGGGACUCGGACUCGGACUCGGAUUCGGAUUGGCGCCGCGCGGCCUCUUCUCCGGUCAGGCGGCCAGCUUGGGCUGCGCGUCCGACCAGGGCGGCUCGCUGGCCUCCCUCUCGCCGGGCGCCGGCUUCCUCGGCCCGCACGGAUUGGCCGGCCCCUUCGGCCCUGCGGCGGGACUCGGACCCGGACUCUUGAACGCGGCUGGCGGCAGUCUGGACGGACGGAGGGCGCCCGACGCCGCGUCGGCCGAGGCGGCGGCCGCGAUGCCGCUGGCCGGCAUGGGACUGCUCUCGAACCAGGCCAUCGCGCAG